CAUUUUGCGACGAUUAAAAAGAAGAAGCGAACACAAGAGUUCAGUUCGGGAUCGGACAGAUUUACUUUACACUUAAUUUACAGAAUACAUCAUCAUGAUCAACUGGAGGGCUCUGGAGAACGUGCCGGUGCUGCUGUACAUCCUGGCCCUGAAGACUCUCCUGCUGUGUUUGGCGUUUGCUGGAGUGAAGAUCUACCAGAGCAGGAGAGCAGAGGCGGCUCUCAAACAGCAGAUGGAGAUGAAGAGGAGACUCGCACAACACACACAGGACAUCAUCGACAACAAGAAGGACGACUGACGGGAGUCGAGGUGUUCAGCUGCUGAAGCGCGUCUGCUGGAUUGCUGUUAAAGUCUUGUUUCUUAUGCAAAGUUUUUAUUUAUCUCCUCUGAUGUUUGUAAAUAAAAAUGUUUUGUAUUUA